AUGUCUGCCAAUUGUCUAUCAAAUGAAUAUUGGGAUAGGCUAGAAGAUUUUAUUAAGUUUACAGUUGAGCAUGCUGAUGAUUGCAGUAGGAUUAUUUGCCCUUGUCUUAAGUGUUGCCUUCUGAAGUGGGUUUCGCCAUCUGUUUGUGAGAGCUACUUAAUUAUCAAUGGAAUUGAUCAAAGUUAUAAGUGUUGGACAAAGCACAGAGAGACAAGAGAUGCGGGUAAUAGUAGUCGAGGGCAUAGUGAAAGCUGUGGAUCAUCUAAUUUUGACACAAGUACAUAUAAAGCUGAUCGUCUUAAGGAUAUGGCCAAUACGAUUGAACAAGAACUUAAGGAUUGUCCAGAAAUGUUUGAGAGGUUGAAGUGUAAUGCUAAGACGCCUCUAUAUAAAGGUUGUACUGACUUUACAAAAUUGUCUGUGGCUUUUAAAAUGUAUAAUUUGAAGGUAAGAAAUGGGUGGAGUGACACAAGCUUCACAGAACUACUUUCACUUGUUAAACAAAUGCUACCAAAAGAAAACAAGCUUCCAAGCAAAACAUGUGAUGCAAAGCAAGUGUUGCGCUUUGUCAGCCUUAGCUAUGAGAAGAUACACGCUUGCCCCAACAAUUGCAUUUUGUUUAGGAAGGAAUAUAAGUCACUAAGUAAGUGUCCUAAGUGUAAUACAUUGCGCUACCAAGAGAAUGGGAAGAGCCUAAAGAAAGCAUUAUGGUAUUUUCACACUAUGCCAAGAUUUAGACACUUGUACAGUAAUGUAGAAGAUGUGAGAAAUUUAAGGUGGUAUGUGGAUGAAAGGAUUAAAGAUGGCAUGCUUCAGCAUCUUGCUGAUUCUCUAGAAUGA